AAGUCAGACAUUAUAGAGGCAGAGGGACAAGGCACUGCACCCUCACUGACUCCUACUCCAAACCCACCACAGAUACCUAGGGAGCUUGAGAUUUGGGAUCCAGAGUUUGGCCAUCAUCACUAAUUCAUUUAUUCGCGUUAUUCAGUUCAUCACUUGUGGCAGGAAAGAUGGCUCCUCUGUUGUGACCACUGAUGUUUGUUUCUGCAGAAGAGUUCGCUCCAUGCUUAUUGUUUCUUCAAGAAGUAUUUUUGUUAUACUUUCAGGAGUUUAUUACUGUGUGACUUUUUAAUCUCCCAGCUGUGCUCCUUUACUGGAAUACCACCACUCCUUCUUUGGUCUGUCUCCAACCGCCUUCACCAAUGCUGACUGAACCGUGUGGCGCCAUGUCGAUGGGGUCAGAUGUUCGAGAUCUGACCCUCUUACCUCCAGCACCUCCUGUGUCAUCCUUGCCAGGAGCUGGUGGUGGCCAGUGGACCCAACUGCUGGACCUUCACCCUGGCUCUCCCUACGGCUCCCUGCCUUCCCACCACUCCCUCAUCAAGCAGGAACCCGGUUGGGGGAACACUGACCCAAUAGAGGACCCUCACUGUGGACUUGGGGCCUUCACAGUUCACUUCUCAGGCCAGUUUACAGGCUCAGGCCCUUGUCGAGUUGGGGCCUUUGGAGAGCCGACUGCAGGUCAACCGAGGAUGUUUCCCAAUGGAACCUACCUGCCCAGCUGUAUGGACAGUCCUCCUGCACCCAGGAACCAGGGUUAUGGAGCAAUGGGCUUGGACAGCAACCCCAGUUAUGGUCACACUCCGUCUCACCACACCCCUCAGCUCUCCAGCCUGUCCUUCAAACACGAGGACACGCUGUCACCGCCAAACAACAUAGUUGACCAGCAGUACCCGGCUCCUCCUUCCAUGUUUGGUUGCCACAAUCCUGCAGAAACCUGUCCGAGCAGCCAAGCUCUGCUGCUGAGAAACUACAACAGUAUUUGUGGCAGUGCAGAGGAGGAGGAAGAGGAGGAUUUGACCAGAUGGCUGUUGGCCAACUGCCGAGGGAGAUUAGGAAGUGGAGAGGAGCAUAUUCAUAUCGGCCAUGCAACCAGCUAUGACAGUGAUCCCACAGCCCCACCUCCACCCAUGCUCGUCAGUGCCCAGUAUCACAUACACACACACGGUGUCUUCAGAGGACUUCAGGAUGUCCGACGGGUAGCUGGUAUUGCUCCACCAGUCGUAAGGUCAUCAGAGGCCAAUGAAAAGCGUCCAUUUGUAUGUGCUUAUCCUGGCUGCAGCAAGAGAUACUUCAAACUGUCACAUCUGCAGAUGCACGGCCGCAAACACACAGGAGAAAAGCCUUACCAGUGUGAUUUCACAGACUGUGGACGCAGAUUCUCUCGCUCAGACCAGUUAAAGAGGCACCAGCGCAGACACACAGGAGUGAAGCCCUUUGAGUGCGAGACGUGUCAGAGAAAGUUUUCACGGUCAGAUCAUCUUAAGACGCACACUCGGACUCAUACAGGUAAAACAAGUGAGAAGCCCUUUACCUGCCGCUGGUCCAACUGUCAGAAGAAGUUUGCCCGCUCUGACGAGCUGAUGCGUCACCACAGCAUGCACCAGAGGAACCUGACCAAGCUGCAGCCUGCCAUCUGAGCGGCGAGAGGAGGAGGAAGGGGGACAAAGAGGAAGGUGACAAUAUGUUGUGCCAGCUAGUAGAGAAAGAUGCUGGAGCCUGGUCAGCGGUUAUGGUGCCUUGCCAGACAUCACUGAAGUGGUGAGCCCAGCUGAUGCCUCCCUCAGCCAGCGGACGUCAAGAGACUCGGAUGAAGAUCCUCAAGAUGUGCCUCAACUAGCACUCGUUCCGGUUAUGUGACAUUAAAACUCAGACUGAGGGGGUACAAUACCUCUGUAAUUCUGAGCCAAGAAGAUAUUUUUUUAUUUUUUAUGUGAGAUGAGGAAAAUGUUGAUACACUAUUUUGGAUAUUUUAGUACUCUUGCACUGGCUUUUUUAAAAAAUUGUUAAAAUUGUGUCACCUUAAAAAUGUGCUGGACAAUAUAAACUGGAUUUAGGAAAUGGACAAUGUGUCUUUUUUUGUCUAUUAAGUUGAACACAGAGAAUCUUAAUAUUCCAACCGUAUACAUGAUUAUCACCAAAUUGCUAUGUAUAUAUGUGGUGUAUUUGCUUGCCUUUAUAGACAUUCCUUUUGUAUUUUCAAUGUUUUUAAAGUUUAUAAAAUGUUGAAUCACA